AAUUCAUUUAUUCAUUCAGUUUUUCACUUUUUUUUUUUUUUGGCCACCAUCCAUUCAAAGUUCAAAGUUUGGGUUUUUAGCAAGUCGAGAAAGGGGAAGACGUGGCCCUUAUCUCUUUUGGGUUUUGGCUGUUUCAUGGUGAUUUGGAGCCAGAACAAGGGGAGAGUUGGAGUCGAAUCAGUGGUGGGAUUGUACUGAUUUUUGUGGAUAUUUGGGUUGGUGAACUGAGAGGAAAGAUAUGGAGCCUCCAGAAGGGGUUUUGGCUUCAGUAUGGCACUUUAUCUGCUUCCUUCCUUACUUCAUUGGUCUGCUGCUUUUGGGCAUAAUCAAAGGAAUAAUUUUCUGCCCAUUGACGUGCCUUAUCUUAACUUUCGGAAACUCUGGAAUCAUAUUGGGUCUUUUGCCAGUAUAUGGUGUCUGGACCUACUACUCAGUUUUGAGAGCUAAACAAUUAGGGCCAGUUCUGAAGCUUGUUGUCUGCUUAGCCAUCCCUGUUUUGUUGAUAUUGUGGACAGUGGAGAAGGAAAGACCAAUGUGUUUUUCCACUGUUUUUACGAUGGAACUUGGAGCACUAUCGAGGGCAGCUUUACUGUUGUCAAGGAUUUCAAAGAUGUUUGUUUCCAUUCCUACUUCUCAGUUAUGGAUGACCUGCAAAAGCAAGAGCCACCAAAUGGAAAAUGCUAUGAGAUCAGUUGGAGUACAAGAAGUACUCUACAGCAUCCUUACACUGAGCUGGCAGUCUGUCUUACAUAAUUAUCAACAACCUGUUACCCGUAUGAUGAAUGCUAUCUACAAACUAACCAGCAUCUGGUUCCUCAAUUCCUCUGAUGGAUGGCAGUUAGACUUUGGGUUAUUUCUGUCAGAGAUGACAACCCUCAUUUGUUUUGAUGUUAUUUCUCCUUCGACUUUUUUCAGACUGCUUUUGCUUCCCGGUGCUAUUAUAGCUGCAGUGCUUGGUUUGCUGAUAGAUUUUCCAGUGAUCUCCAUUGUUGCCCUGGGCAAAAGUCCUUACAUGCUCUUUAAGGGUUGGCAUCGUUUAUUUCAUGACCUUAUUGGCAGAGAAGGACCUUUCUUGGAGACAAUAUGUGUACCAUUUGCAGGUCUUGCAAUCCUUCUCUGGCCAUUGGCUGUUGUUGGGGCAGUGUUGGGCUCCAUGGUGGCAAGUAUCUUCCUUGGUGCCUUUGCAGGGGUGGUUGUCUAUCAGGAGUCCUCGUUUUGGUUUGGACUUUGUUAUAUUGUAGCAUCCUUAUCUAUUUAUGAUGAAUACAGCAAUGACAUCAUUGACAUGCGAGAAGGAUCUUGCUUUCCAAGGCCUCAGUUCCGAAGACAAGCUGACUCAUCAAAGACUGCCUCGCAACCUACCACCUCUCAAAUGAGCUCUUUCUCAAGGCCAAGGUCUUUGAAAAAUGUCCCCUCUCACUCUCUUUCUAUUUCGUUUGCAAAUCCAAUGGUUGAUUUGAAGCCACUUGAGCUUCUUGAUAGCUUAUUUAAGGAGUGUCAACGCCAUGGAGAAAUUAUGGUUUCAGAAGGACUUAUAACUCCUACAGACAUAGAAGAUGCCAAGUCUAGCAAAGGAAGCAGAGUGGUUAGCAUAGGGUUACCAGCUUAUUGCCUUCUUCAAUGUCUUUUGCACUCUGCCCAAGCCAACUCCGCUGGCAUAUUGUUAAGUGACGACAUGACUGAGAUAACCCCUUCAAAUAGACCAAAAGACACCUUCUUUGAUUGGUUUCUUAACCCCAUUCUGAUCAUUAAGGAACAAAUCAAAGCAGAAAAUCUUUCUGAGGAGGAAGAGGAGUAUCUUGGCAAAUUAGUUCUGUUGUGUGGUGAUCCUGCAAGGUUGAAGAAUUCAAACAUUGGAUCACCACCUGAAUCAGAGCGUAAGCGAGCUGAGCUUGAUGCAUUAGCCCGAAGGCUACAGGGAAUAACCAAAUCUAUCUCGAGGUAUCCUACUUAUCGUCGCCAUUUUGAGAUUCUUGUCAAGACUCUGUUAAAGAACCUUGCCCAGAAGAAUGAUGGAAGCAGAUCUAGCAACAGGACUCAAACAAUACAACGAUCUAAGAGUGCCUUUCCAGCUUAGCCAGAAAUCUUUCAAAGGGAAAACAAACAACGGAUCCAAUAAAAAAAUCACAGUAAGUUAAAGUUAGAGAUGAUGAAUUUGUAUGAGUUUUGAAUGUUUUCUGCGGAUAUCAAAGAAAAAAGGAAAAAGAAUGCCAUUGAACAUUAGUCCCUUUUCCUCAUGGAUAUAUAUAAAUAGGAAGAUGGGAUAUAUUUCUUUCUCAAAUGAAUAAGUAAUGAAGUUGAUUUGUAGUACUUGGGAUUUCGGGUACAGUGACGUCAGGUCACGUAUAAGUGCAUUUCCCAUCUCCAGGGCCUCUAGGGGCAACGGU